UAAUCAUUGAUUUGACUGGAUUUGGAAUGGAAAACCUGAUUGGACUGGAUCACUGGGUCUGGACUGAAGUCUUGAUUGGACCCAAAGCUGUUUGGAACUGUAAAGUCUGAUUUUGGCCUGGAGCGUUUGAUGUAGAUUAGACAGUAGGAUCGGGUUGGUAUCUGGUCUGGAUCGAAGUGAUCAGUCUGAUUUGGACUUGAAGAUUCUGACCUCAAGUUCUGAUCUGGACUGCCAUCUGAUUUACACUAAAAUUGGAAAGGCUGAUUUAGAAUUCUGAUACUGAUUGUGACUAAAAUGUCUGAUUUGGAUUGAAGGGUUGGAUUGGAUCUUACAGAUAAUGUGGACUAUAAAUGUCAUUUCAUAUAAUAACCAGAAGGUUGAAUUUGUAUUCCAAGGUCUGAUUUGGAUUUCCACCUGUCUGGAUUGGACUAGUCAGUCUAAAUUAGACUGGUAUUUUAUCUGAUUGAACUUUUCAAUUGAAUAUUUUAUUGGACUCAAAGAUCUAAUCUGGACUGGCAGGUCUGGUUCGAGUGGAAAUAUCUGAUCAGGAUGAGUGUAGAUUAGACCGACCUGAUUUGGAAUAUACACGUUAGAUUUGAAAUGCAAAAUCUGAUUACACUCUAACAAACAUGGAUUAGAUCUGAUCUAGCUCCGAUAGCUGUGUUUUAAGUAUCUCUGACUUAAUGGCCCAGGUUGGCCACAUACACACACACACACACACACUCACACACUCACACACAUACAAAUAUACACACUCACACUCUCACACACACACACACACACACACACACACUCACACACAGACACAGACCCAACACUGAACCAUUAAGAGUGAGCAUUAAUCCUGUUUGUUGGAUUCUCCACAAUAUGGCAUGAGAAAGAGGAGGAUAAUGAAGGUGAUGAAGAGGAGAGUGAUGAAGGUGAUGAAGAGGAGAGUGAUGAAGGUGAUGAAGAGGAGAGUGAUGAAGGUGAUGAAGAGGAGAGUGAUGAAGGUGAUGAAGAGGAGGAUAAUGAAGGUGAUGAAGAGGAGAGUGAUGAAGGUGAUGAAGAGGAGGAUAAUGAAGGUGAUGAAGAGGAGAGUGAUGAAGGUGAUGAAGAGGAGAGUGAUGAAGGUGAUGAAGAGGAGAGUGAUGAAGGUGAUGAAGAGGAGGAUAAUGAAGGUGAUGAAGAGGAGAGUGAUGAAGGUGCUGAAGAUGAGGAGGGUGAUGAAGAUGAUAAAGAUAAUGAAGGUGCUGAAGAUGAGGAGGGUGAUGAAGAUGAUAAAGAUAAUGAAGGUGCUGAAGAGGAGAGUGAUGAAGGUGCUGAAGAGGAGAGUGAUGAAGAUAAUGAACAUGAUGAAGAGGAAGGUGAUGAUGAUGAAGGUAGACGUUAUUCCCCUCACUGAACUACUGCUGCAAACUUCACAGCUCUCAAAACUCACUGCAGGACACCAACAUGAUCAGCUGAUCUACCGAACAGCUUCACAUUUCAAGCACAGACAAGCCUCAACAACACACACACACACAGUCAGAGAGUCACGGGGUGGAGUCAGGGGCGGAGUCAGUGAGGUGGAGUCAGAUUGGUUGCGUCACAUGGGUGGAGUCAGGGAAGUAGAAUCAGAGAGGCAGCGUCAGAAAUGGAGUCAGGGAGGUGGAGUUAUAAAGAUGGAGUCAGAAAGGUGGAGUUAGAAGGAUGGAGUCAAGGAGGCGGAGUCAGGGAGGCGGAGUCAGGGGAUUACAGACACAUUAAUAAAAAUGAAGGUGUUUCCGUGAGAGUUGAUCAGCAGCUGAAGAGUUUUAUUCUUUUCUAUAAAAUGUAUAAAUCUAAUCAAACGAAAUGAAAUAAUUCCACACUGAAUCACUUCUAAUGAACUUCAAUUCUACACCGAAAUAAAGUCUAAUCAAAUUUCAUCACUACAUAUUCAGCUACUUUUAUACUUAACAGCUGAGAUGAAGGAGUUAGAUAAUAACGUUUUAAAUAUUUUACUAAAAACAUUGAGGGCAUUCAUUUAUAAACAAUUUACCAGAGUAACAUAUUUAAACAAUCAGUAAACAGAGGUAAAGAUAAACGAAGAUAA